GUUUUGAGAUACCAAGCAAUAAGGUUGCUCUAAUGGUGUGGCUGGCAAUAAUAAUAAAAACAGCAACAGCUUCGACUUCUUGAUUUUGUAGCAUACAUGAUUCAUCCAUCAGACAACUCUCCCACCAACAUGGAUGACGAAGAAUCGAUUCUUUUGGAGAAAGAAGAUGAAGAAGAAAGUAACGUCCUUCAUCAACUGAUGAAGCUAAAACGAAGUCAACGGUGGAUCUUUGUCUUCAUCAGUAUUUUCUUCCUCAUAUUGGCUCAAGCCGUAGCUGUUCUCCUCGGUCGGUUUUACUAUGACCAAGGAGGAAACAGCAAAUGGAUCUCCACCCUUGUCCAAACCGUUGGCUUUCCGAUUCUUUAUCUCCCUCUUUGUCUCCUUCCUGCUUCUUCAAACACUCCAUCUUUAUCUUCUUCUUGUUCCUUCAAGACUCUGGUUUGGAUAUAUCUUUCUCUUGGUCUCUCCAUUGGUUUAGACAAUCUGUUAUACUCUUACGGGCUUUUAUUACUCUCUGCUUCAGCAUAUUGUUGGGGAAAUAAGGCACACGGCGCAGCGGAACUUAACGGUCGUGUUUCCCCUGACCUUGUGUGAACCUGUGAGGAAAAUACUUCGAUGAUAGCAGAAUAUAGUAUAAGCAGAAACUAAAUGAGACAAUCACUUUUUACGUGGAAAACCUCCUCGAUGUGAGAAGGAAAAGCUACGGGACCGUAGUCCACUCAACAAUCCACUAUAUAAAUGUAUGUGAGUACAACCACGUCCUCCCUGUUCAACAACCUGAACAGAACAGAGACUCUAGCUACAAAGAGCUAUCUCCAACACAAGAUACUACAACAACAAGAGAGCAACACAAAGCUUCAAAA